ACAUGUGUUUUGUUUUGAAUGUUAAGAAUACCCGAAGAGUCCAUGAAAUUGCAAAGUUUAUGUAAAAAUCACACAAAACAUGUCCAAUGACAAAAAGAAGAAGCUGCAGACGCAGCGUCAUGUCUCCUCCCGGAUGAACUUCCUCUUUCAGGCUUCGAAUUUAAUGGCUGCAGGCAAUCAAACCAAACUAGCCGCCCAUUACGGAAAACUCUGCCGGAAUGUAGGCACAAAAGCACUGAUGCGCAUGGCACCUGCUGUAAAACGCUCCCUAUGCAGGCUCUGUUUCCUUCCCCUUAUUCCCGGAGUAAAUACAGAGCUCCAGGUGGCCGGAGCCCCUAAUAAAGUGCCUCCUCUGCAGGAUCCUUUAAAUACCGCAAAGAAAAACGGAAAAAAGCGACAUCGCAGGCUGCGCAAAAAGCCCAACAAGAAACUUAAAACCGAGGAUGCAAUAAACAGCAGCGAAUCCCAACCAGAAACCCUCGAAAGAAUUCGUCUGUUUUUGGAGUGCUCACUCUGCCGGAGCCGGCAAAGCUUUCCGACGGACAAUAAAAAAGACUGUUGGCUGGAGCAGCCGCAAUCCGUGGUGUCUCUCCCCGAAGAAAACAGAGAGAUAGGUUAA